UAAUCGAUGGGAAGGGGAAGAAAAAUGCGAAUAAGAAUUAAUUAAUCAGCGUCCAAAAGACGACAGGAGACUUCGGCCGUGGUUUGUUCGAAGGCACCUUGUUGCCCUUAUGCUGGACUGACUGUAAUUUAGGUGUGGACGCUUGAAAAAGACAGAUGAAGAAAAACAAGCUGGGACUGACUCUUCCGCCAUCGGUGGCUGAGCCUCAAAGUGAUGCUAACGAUAAGUCCAACACUGGCGCUGCCAAUGUGGAGUCCUUGCAGAAGAAGCUACAGGAACUGGACAUUGAUGAGCAGCAGAAGCAGAGAUUGGAGCAGUUUCUCACCCAGAAAAAGAAAGUGCGAGAACUGUCAGCAGAGGACAUGGACAAGUUAGGAGAGCUGGGGGCAGGGAAUGGGGGCGUGGUCACCAAGGUGUCCCACCGCCCUUCAGGACUUAUUAUGGCCAGGAAGCUAAUCCACCUGGAGAUCAAACCUGCAGUAAGAAACCAGAUCAUACGAGAAUUGCAGGUGCUACAUACCUGUAACUCCCCCUACAUUGUGGGCUACUACGGGGCUUUCUACAGCGACGGCGAGAUCAGCAUUUGUAUGGAGUACAUGGAUGGAGGGUCUUUAGAUCUAAUAUUGAAGAAAGCUGGUCGAUUACCUGAACAAAUUUUGGGGAAAAUCUCAAUUGCUGUGUUGAAAGGCUUAACUUACCUGAGAGAGAAACACCAGAUAAUGCACAGAGAUGUCAAACCAUCCAAUAUUUUAGUGAACUCUAGGGGUGAGAUAAAGAUCUGUGAUUUUGGUGUCAGCGGACAACUCAUCGAUUCCAUGGCAAACUCUUUUGUGGGGACAAGAUCCUACAUGUCGCCGGAGAGGUUGCAGGGCUCACACUACUCUGUCCAGUCUGACAUCUGGAGCAUGGGGCUUUCCCUGGUGGAACUGGCUAUUGGGCGUUACCCUAUCCCACCCCCAGAGCCCGAUGAUCUGCAGAGUAUAUUUGAGGAUGGCUGUAACACGCUUGAGGAUCACAUGGAAGCUGCCAAAACCGGAAAACUUUUGAAAGGUAGUCGUGGUGAAAUGGUUAACCAUACUUCAGCUUGGAAGCGUAUCUUUCUGUUUACCUCAGUUGCCCAUAUACAUGAGGUUAAGUGUUUUGUGACUGUAUUCGACUUUUUGCUGUUCUGUUUUAAGUAUUUUACUCAGUCAAAUUAUUCCAUGUCAAAUGUAUUGUAGUAAAUCUUUAUUUGAAGAAUAUUUUUGUUGAACGUAUGUUUAACUAUAUAUGUAUACACAUAUACCAGUUUGUAUUGCUACACAGUACAUGUAUGUAUUGAUCAAAGAUUGAUCUCAACAGAUGGAUGGAGACUGCUGAAGUCCAAUUAUACAUUGACAGGCUGUUUUUGUUUUACAUGUGGUUUGCUUUACAAAUUUAGGGAUAUCACUCAUCUAACCCUCAGGUGCCUGAGUGGAUCGAAGAAUCUCCCAGUUUGGAAAUGGUUACAAGUAUUAUGAUUGAGGUUUUUUUUCUUUCCAGCAGAUUUAUAAUACAGUGAUACCAAUGAUGAAACUGAAAAUUAGAUUCCUGGUGAUAAAUUGUCCCAUGGGCAACCUCAUAUUUGUCUACCAAACUCUCUGUUCACAACAUGCACUACUUUCCAGGUUGGAUGAGACACGUGUGUACAGAACUCCUCCUCACAACAUGGUGCCUGUAUACACAUGUAUGAUAGGCCCCUGGGUAAAAUGUUCAACAUUACAUAUUAAUUAUCUUCCCGUAAUGGUAUCAGCAUUUCAGGAGUCUCAUGAUUGGCAGAGACAGGGUGGGGGAUCUUGCAAACUAACACGACUAAAAGACGUGCCUUUAUA